AAAUACGCGUUUUUAUGCGUCGCUGAACCACAAAUAAAUAGAUAUAGCGGUGUAGAUGGUGUAAAGAUAGGCAUUUGAACGCAUUCAGGCCGACACUAGCGCCAUUUUUAGUUCACAGUGUGGACUACGUGACAUGGCGGAUCGACAUCAAUGGCGCACUUCGCGUUUUCCUUUUUGAGAAAGUGCUCGGAGUUUUGGAAAUAGAGGAGGAGGGUGAACCAAACUGAGCCGGGGUUGAAGGGUCUUGGGGGCAGCAUCACUUUUCAAAGUUUGUCUCGGUUAUUUCCUGGAGUCUCCAAACCCACAAACUGGUGUGGUUUGUUUACAUUUUGUGGCCCAGGCGUGCAUGCGUUUUAUCGGCCAUUUACGAGACAACUAGCCCCAGCUCUGUUGGCUGGUGUUUUAGAGACUCGGUUCAGUGAAUAUAAUGUUACCGAGCCGGGUUGGAUCGGCACCAUCUGGAAACGGCUCAGCUACUGGCAGGGGAAACACGGGACACGGUUCGGGGGUUGUCGGAAGCGGGAUUCGUCCCGUUUUGGUUAGAGCAGGGCAAGCUUUAGCAGUGGUCGAGAGUAUCGGGAGACAGGGGGAGAGAGACGCCGUCGGGAUGCUAGGGGCUAAUGGGCCAGGGGGUUCGAGAGGUGUGAGACCCGGGAACGGGACCGGGGUGACCACCCUGCAGCCAGCCGUGCAGGGCAACAUGGUGGGGCUAAACCAGGGAGGUAUGCCUCACGGAGCCAGGUUCGAGGAGAGAGAUGUCGCUCCUCUGUGCAGCGGCUCGGAUAAUGACUCGGACUCCGGAGACGAUGAUGACCCAGUGGGUUCACUCGGGGACAGCAGGAGAGGGGUGAAGCGGGAGAGAGGAGAGAUGGAGGCUGCAGUGUCGGGGCAGGACGUAGGCAUGCCUCCCGGGGGUUACGGAAUGGUGCCCGGCGGGGUCGCAGGGGCAAAGCCGGGGAAGAAAACACGUGGGCGAGUGAAGAUAAAAAUGGAAUUUAUUGACAACAAGUUAAGACGUUACACCACCUUCAGCAAGAGGAAGACCGGUAUAAUGAAAAAGGCGUAUGAACUCUCCACCUUGACGGGAACCCAGGUACUGCUGCUCGUGGCCAGUGAAACGGGUCAUGUCUACACUUUUGCAACGCGCAAACUCCAACCCAUGAUCACGAGUGAAACGGGCAAAGCUCUGAUCCAAACGUGCCUCAACUCACCGGACUCGCCGCCACGCUCCGACCCCUCCACGGACCAGCGCAUGAGCGCGACGGGCUUCGAGGAGACGGAUCUCACCUAUCAGGUGUCUGAGUCGGAGAGCAUGGGCGACACAAAGGACACACUGAAGCCCACGUUCACGGUGGCCAGCCUGCCGGGCAGCGCCCAGUGCACGGUACCCACCACCUCCACCACCAUGCAGGUGAGCAGCGGGCCCUCGUUCCCCAUCACCAACUACCUGGCGCCCGUCUCGGCCAGCAGCAACAUCAGCGCCAACGGCACCGUCCUGAAGACCACCAGCUCGGGGGUCAUGCAGCUGCCCAGCGGCUUCACCUUCAUGCCCGCAGGCACUCCUCUCCCCCCCGGCACCCCCACCAUUCCUCUGAGCCAGCUGCAGCAGCACUCCCUGGCCCUGCAGGGGCAGCAUGGGCAGGCCUCCCAGCACCAGCAGGGACAGCAGGCUGUCUUCCGCUUCCCUGCUGCUGUCUCCCUCUCAGGAGCAGGCCUCCCCCAGCAGCUCCAGGCCAUCCAGGUACACCACAACACCACCUCCAACAGCGACGGCAGCCUCGACAUCUCCCACACCUCCUCAAACUCCACCGCGACGGUUAGUCUCCCAGCAACCAUCGUCACCUCGUCUAUGCCAACAUCUGUUGCGGGUCACAUGAUGUACCCCAGCCCGCACACAGUGAUGUACGCCUCGGCGCCCACGCUGUCCGACGGGAGUCUCGCUGUGCUCAACGCCUUCUCGCACGGCACCUCGGCCAUGCAGGUCCACGGACAGGGCCAGGACUCAGGUGUCCCGCAGGUGUUCCUCACAGCACCCCAAGGCACGGUGCAGAUCCCUGUCUCAGCGGUGCAGCUACACCCAGUACGGCAAGAUCUGCAUUUUACAAAUGGUGAUUGGUCAACAGUCGAGCGGCAGCAGCAGUAACCUGACUGAGCUCCAGCUGGUCAACUUGGACGCAGUACAGAACUCAAAGGACUGACAGACGGGUGGAGCUGUGUAACAUGCUCCCCCCCCCCCCCCCCUCGCCUCCAGGGGACACACAGACUUACGUCAACUCUAUUUAUUGAUGCCUUCCUACAGAGCUUCACAUUACACUUCUGAAUGUGACUUUACAUCUAUACACACAAUCAAGGGCAAAUGUGUGGCUGACCCUGACACAGUAUACAGUAUGUUUUGGUAUAUAAAUAUAUAUAUAUUCGCAAAUGCAUAGGAACUAUAUCACGUCAUCCAUCAUCGGAAAACUAUUUUCUAUGCCGUUAGAUGGUGUUAUUUUUUUUUGUGUGCGUGUUUUUUUGAAAAAGUGUAAUGACCUGUACACACACACUGCGAGGUGCCACAGCUUCACACCAGCCAAAGAGACAUUUGUUUGUCUGAAUGUUCCAGUGUGAGCAACUUGUGCACAAGCGUGUGUGUGUUUGUGUGUGUGUGCGCAUAUCUGGGGUUUGUAAAUGGGCAGGGAGACGCUUAUUGACGUAAAAAAAGAGACGUUUAGAAAUGUACAUAGUUUUCUUUUUUUUUGAUAACUUGUAUUUUUAGCCUGGUUUAGUUUGUGCAACGGCAUGUAGUUGUUUUUUUACGCAGUGGUUUUGUGUACAUGAAAAUGAUUUGCAAAAAGAUAAAUUAUUUACAUGAAUAUGUCAAAUAAUUUAAUAUACCAUCAUAUUUUGGCCGUUUUCAAUACAAGAUGGAGAGGGAACGCUGGGUGUUUUUCUACAUGAUUUGAUGUGACAUUGAUUGGAUCAGGUAGCUGGGUCGCAACAUGUAAACAAGAUGUUUAUGAUUUACUGUAAACAAGCUCUGAUUUCACUGCUGAUGGCAGGGUCAUUGAAGACGUUGCAUGAGGUUUUGUAAAAAGCUCUGAUCUGGCACUAGUGUGGAAACUGUUAACGACAAUCGGAUGGACAUUUCAUUUAUCUCACUUUUUUUACAUAAGACCAUCUUUAUUGUCAUCACACAGAAGUAUGAAUACAUUUGUUUCACUUAUUUUGAUCCUUUUAUGAGCAACAAACCUGAGUGCCAACAGGUUUUCACCACAUUAAUGUUAUUUUAAAAGCGAUCCAUUGUACACCUGUCGCCCUGAUUCGCCUCCAUUGACUGCAGAACUUUAAUUAUGGGAUGGCAUUACUGACUCGAGUCAGGGCAUUAGACGCAAAUCUCUUGUUUAACAAGACACUGUAUACACUUGGAAAUUCCACUUUAUCAACGCGUUAUAAUUUCCUCGGAUGGAAUCACUCAAUGUUGUUAUCACAACAGUAUGAAUAUUUUUGUACGAAAAGGAUCUCUUGUUUAGAAAAACUUCAGGUGCUUUGAAAUGUUAAUAUAGUACUUUACCUAGAACUGUAAGACCCUCGCUGACUGCAAUCUCAGUGUGUACCUCAGCAAUCAUUACGGAUGAGUUAUCAGACUGAGAGCCUUCUUUCUGCACCAUAGUGCCUCUUUUCCAUGGCUCACUUUCAAAUCACUGCUAGGCAAGGGAAAGUAGGACUGACUUAUUUCCAGACCACCUCCAUGACUUUUCAUGAAUCCUCUGCUGUGUCCGGAGAUUGCUGACUCCUUUCUACAGAAUGCGCUGGAUGACAGAGCUGGCUUGAAGCCAAAGGGAAUCUGACGGAGGAUUACACCCCCCCCACCCUGACUGCUGUUCAGUUAUCCCCGUUCAUUUUCACGCUCCAUGUUCUCUGGUGUGUUCCUGUAUCUGACGUCAUCCUGCAGGGGGUGCUUGCAAAUGAAAUUGACAAUUUAAAAAGACAUUUAAUUCCCCCAUAUUAUUAUCUAACGUUUUUUAAGUUGUUUUAAAAAGGGGAUUAGUGAACAGAUUUUUGGAUUUCACUUUGUCAUUGAGAGAAAUGGUUAUUUUGUGUAUUUUUGUUUUGUUGUACAGACAUUUUGUAAUAAAAAAACAACAUGAUGAAACACACGAACCGCUUAAAUAAUGACCACACCCACACCACAGCAUGUUUUCCUUCUUUAAUUGGGACGGAGAAAUGUCAAAGAAACCAUAUUGUUCAGUAUGAAACCUAACAUUUUGUAUAACAGCAGUGUUGAAAUGAAGAUGGAUGAUUAAAUCUACAAAGCAUUAGGAGGCAGGAGGAGUGAGCAUGCACCUUAAUGUUUUAAUAAUGCAUUGCACCGUCACAAAAAUCUAACUGGCCGUGAGUAAGAAGAAUCAUCCCAUUUAAACACCAGAAGAGAAGCAGCGAUUAACGUAAAGAAACGCAACAUGAUACAGUGAUUGGUCGAAGCCAUCGAGGGUAUAGAUCAGUUGGCUGCAGAGUCCUGUACAUCUUCCAAACCAAGCCGAUGUAAGACAAAAUAGUAAAACACAACAAAAUGGUAGUGAAAGUAAGCCAACCUAUCUCCAGCUAAGAAAUCCUCAGGUGGCCGGACUGCCUUUCUUUCUCUCCUUUCUUUCAACAAUGAAAAAUAAUGUUUAAGCAUGCACUUACACCAGGUAGUAUAUCUAUAUUGCUAUUGUCCACAUACAAUAUACAAAUGUACAGUUGGAAAGAUAGUUGAUUAAAAAAAUGUGCAUGAUUCGACAAUUUAAAAAAAGGUUUCCCGUUAAAAUAGAAAUGUUACAUCCUAGGUUUCUUCUUUUUUUUGGUUUAUGAAAACAUUGAGAGAAAAAAAAGAAGCUUUUUGUCGUGUAUAUUUACAUUAUAAACGAGCAAAGAUGAGGAAAUGUGCAAAAUGUGAUUCCAUGCAAGCUGUUGCAUAAUGUAGAGGAGGUGCUUGAGUGAUGGGAUUAAGGUGGUACCGAAAUAAGAAGGGGGGGGGACUAAUAAGAUUAGCGACACAUGGCUCCAAUGAAUGACUCUCUCCACCGCAAUGAUAAAUCAGAACACUCACACGUAAACAAACUCAACACGCUUAGCAACCAAGGACACAUUCACACUGGUAACACAACAAGCAGCCAUUAAGAAGCAUCUUGAUGUAGAUGAAUUCAACCUUAUGUAAUUAAUUACAGAUACAUGAGGUGAUUUUUAGUUCCCGACCCCUUCCCGAAGUAUCCAGGCAAUUGUUUACCAAUCAACCGGUUCCAACAACACAGCACAUCGUCAUUUAAAAUGAAGGACAAAAUGGUAAUACUGCAAGUAAACGCAACACCAAACAGGAAGUCAUGAUUAGAGGGAGGUCUGGAACCCGACAAAAGGGUGUCAAGAUAAAUGUGAUGCGAUGAUAAACUACGGCAGAGGAUUAGGGCCACGUGUGAAUUUGUUCGGCAUUCUACUUUCUCAGAAUUCCAGAUUCAAGUCAGAACAAAAAAAAGUAAAUUAACUAAAUAACUUUUGGUAGAAUGUCAAAAUAAUGAUUCACGUCUUUCCUUUAUCCUCUUCCGUACUCAACAGUGUUGCUGGAUAAUGAACCGUUGCUACACACAUUUUCUUUUUUCAAAUGUUCUUGUUUUCUUGUAAAUGACUCGACAAACUUUAAAUAAAUUGCAACUAGCCCCAUUCUCUGCAGUGUAGCCACUGCUGUAUGUUUUAAGAUAAUAAUGCAUUUAAGAUACUGGUAAAUCAAAUCAAGCGGUUUGCAGCUCUGCAUUCCAUCGAUACAAUGAAGUCAUUAUUGAGAAUUAACAAUGGUUUUAAAAAACACGAUAACAAUCCCUUGGAUGAUUUAAACACUGGUGUGUGGGAUUUGAACACUGGGUCUGGAGAACAAAAACUAACGUGGAAUCAAAACAAAACGUCUCUUCCACAAAUGCCAACUCCCUAAAAAGCAUGAAUAAUGUAACGAGUGCAAAGAGGUCCGUGUGCAAAUUCACACAAUUUGCCAAAUUCGAUUUUUUCUUUGGGUGAUUAUUACAGACGAGCUUUGAGAGCAAAUGCAUUUAAAGACACACUUAAGAAAGAAAACAAAUUAAGUCAGUCCUUAGUUUGACUGUUUGAAAUUCAUAUUAAUAUGACAUUAGUUAAAAAGGCAACAUGAAAGCAAACAAUAAAUAAGACUUGGCAUUUAAAAUAUGAGUGCAGUAUCUUAAAUACUACAGUUCAUCAUGUAUGUAACUACAGGUACAUAUCGUGGGGGGGGGGCUUCUUGUCUUCAAACAGACAACACAUGAGGAUUCAAGAUGAAAUUGUUCCAAAGGAAACCAUCUGUAACUGAAAGGUGCGAAACCACACUAAGGCAAAGACGUUUACAGAUGUGUGAUUAUGGGACAGACAAUAAAUACACAAACAGUUUUUCUCC